ACGAAGAUCGCUGGAGAAUUCAGUGGUCCACGUUUUUAUAUCUUUAAUCAUUGUCUUUUCUCUGGAAAUAUCCCUUUUUUAUAUUUCACGGAAUUCGCUUUCUCGUGGUUUACAAUAUUUUUUAGAAAGUAUUUCUGUGAAUUAAUUUUUAUUUGUGUUUAAAAUUCAAAUUGGGAUGAAGAACUUGCUGAGGAGGAAUUGUUUAUCUGUUGGUUUUUUCUCUUCCGUCAUGUGCCUGUGGAAAAGCGGCAGUAUAUCUUCACCGGCGACUGCUUUACUGCUGACUUCCGGAGUCGCAUGUUUUUAUUUAACGAAAAGAUCCCUCCGGAAAAUAACACAUAGAGAUACGAUCGUAUUAACUGGCUGUGACUCAGGCCUCGGUUACAAUCUCGCCCUUCACUGCCAUAAAAAUCUCUCGGCUAGAGUGAUUGCCGGGGUCCAUGGAAGGAACAGUUUGGGGGCUCAGGAACUCGUAAAGACGGGCAUCACUAUCCAGGAGAUUGAUAUCACUGACGCUGAGAGUGUGGAGCACUUUGUGGAAAAGGUCCGGGAGUACCUGGAACGAGACAAUUUAUGUCUGAGAGCAUUAGUAAAUAACGCUGGGGCAAUGGUGUUCGGUGAGUUUGAGUGGCAGACAGACUCUCAAAUCCGUCACCAGGUAGAGGUGAAUCUCCUGGGCACAAUGAGACUUACAAAGUCGAUGCUUCCACUCCUCCGCCAACACAAGAGUCGAUUAACAAUCGUCACGAGUCACUGUGCGCAGGAACCAUUACCCGGUGUUGCUGCGUACGGAGCGACCAAGGCAGCUCUGGCUGCCUGGGCGACUGCCCUCAGGAUCGAGUUGAAGAAGUUCGAAGUUGACGUCGUGACUUUCAUCCCUGGCUCUUUCGUCAUGGAGAGCAAUAUUCUCCUGCGACAGGCUGAUCAUUUCGAGAAGAUGGACAAAGCGAUGAAGGAAGAGGCGAAAUCAGUUUAUGGGGAAUAUUUCAAUGAAUAUAGAAAUUACUUGAGGCCGUUGUCGCAGCAGAAUGCCCUAAAGAGAAUCAAUAAUGAGAGGCUUUUUGAGAUAUUUGAGGAUGUGAUUAUGGAGGAGCCGGCGAGAAGCACUUACAAAUGUGAACCUUGGAGAUACACUUACUACCACGCCCUUUUAAAAUUCGUUCCCAGAAGACUGCACGACAUUAUCGUCGAGAAAUUCGUGAGAAUGCCCACUUGGAAGCCACCGAAAUGCAAGAAAACAACGCAGGUGUUGAUGAUUUCGUAAUUUAUCGAGAGCCCGGUGAACGAUUAGAUACAUCUGCGAUCAAAAGUAUAUAAGGGAAUUUAGUUGGGGCCAGCUCAGUUACGCUGAUAAACCCGAG